AUGGAAUCUGCCCAAGUCAAUCUCGGUACGCCAUGCAGCCAACUCGUGGCACCAUCACUACAUGGUGCGGAGGUUCUCCAGAUCUCAGCGGCAGAGGUACACAACUACAGCUUCCCGCCGGUUCGAGGCUUCAACAUGCCGGGAGUCUCGGACGUCGCCUUCUGCAAUGUCACCGCAUCGCUACGACAUACGGGGGCUGAUGACACGGUCUACGUUUACGUGUGGCUUCCGCUCAAAGACUGGAACGGCCGGUAUCAAGCCACGGGGGGCGGCGGGCUCGCGGCCGGCAUGGGUCCGCUCCUUAUGUCAGGGCAGGUUGCCGACGGAUACGCCGUGUCGUCCACUGACGGCGGAUUGACCAAGAACCAGACGGUUGACCCGCAGAGCGGGUUGUGGGCGUUGAGAGACGACGGCAGCCUCGACGAGGCUCUCUCGCUCAAUCUGGCUUGGCGCUCGAUCCACGACAUGGCCGUCGUGUCUAAGGAUGUCGUCAGGCAGUUCUACGGCACCGAGCCCAAAUACUCGUACUGGAACGGCUGCUCGCAGGGCGGACGCCAGGGCUACGCCGCGGCGGCAAAGUACCCGCACGACUUUGACGGGAUCCUCGCCGUGGCUCCGGCCAUCGACUUUGUCGACAUGGUGCCCUCAGACUACUAUCCUCCAGUGGUGUUGCGUAAUGCGGAAGAAGUGCCGCCCGAGUGCAUCUUCCCAGAGUACCAGGCGGCCAUCAUCGAGGCGUGCGACACCCUCGACGGCGUGGCCGACGGCCUCAUCUCCAGCCACGAAAGUCUCGAGGCGUGCUCCUUCGACCCGGAUACGCUGGUCGGCAAGACCAUCACCUGCGGCGAGGACUGCCUUGACCGCGACCCAUUUUUGGGAUGGGUGCACGUCCCCUGCCGCAAGACGAGCGAGUUGACCAUCACGCCGGCGCACGCGGAUAUCGUCCGCAAGAUUCUCGCGGGGCCCCACACGACGGCUGCUGACGGUGAUGGCAACAGUCGCCGUCUCUGGUACGGCCUGGCGCCAGGCGCUGACUUUGACGUGCUCGCGCGCGUCGCGUUGAUCGACAACGGCACACAUCCGCGGCGCGAGGUCGUCCCCUUUGCCGUCGCGGAGAAUUGGCUCAAAUACUUCGCGCUGCAGGACCCGAGCUACGACAUGGCCGCAAUGACGCACGAGGACUACGUCGCGGCGCACGAGCUAUCCGUCGCGCGUCUCGGCCCGCUCUGGGGAAACCAGAACCUCGACCUUGCGGCCUUCAGGCAAUCCGGGAACAAGCUGCUGACCUGGUUCGGCCUGGCGGACCAGUACAUCACGCCGUUCGGCAUGAUCCGGUACCGCGAAGGCGUCGAGGAAAAGUUUGGCGGGCCCGACGCCGUCGACGAGUGGUACCGUCUCUUCUUCGCGCCCGGCGUGGGCCACUGCGCAGGCGGCGUCGGUCCGAACCCCGUCAAUCCGCUGGGGGCGCUGGUCUCGUGGGUCGAGCAAGGGAAAGCCCCUGACGUGCUGGCCGCAGCAAAGACGACCGAAGACGGCGUGCACAUCACGAGAGACCUGUGCAGGUUUCCCAAGAAGUUGGUCUAUGCAAAGGGAGACGUCAACGAGGCGAGCAGUUUUAUUUGUUCAGAGGAAGAGGAGGGGGAAGAGAAGGAGGGAGGGAAGGGGGGAGAGAAGGAGGAAGAAGGAGGUGGUGAUGGUGAUAGUGAUGGUACCCAUCGCAAAGAGCGACAUGAGGAGCUAUGA